AAGUCCUAUAAAAACCCUUCACCUCAUUCUCCAUUUUCCAUUAACAAAUCUCUUCUCCUCUACACCCUAAAAAUAGUAAACACACACACACACACACACACAGUGAAGAUGAAGAAAAUGCAAAUAUUUACAGUUGUGUUCUUUGCGAGUCUUAGCACUGCAUUAUGCAUAAAUGACGGGCUCUUGCCGAACGGAAACUUCGAACGUGGGCCGAAAGCAUCGCAGAUGAAGGGCAGCAAGGUGACGGACCCCCUGGCGAUACCCAACUGGGAAACGGCGGGGUUCGUGGAGUACAUAAAGUCCGGGCAGAAGCAAGGGGACAUGGCGCUGGUGGUGCCGGAGGGGGCCUCGGCCGUGCGGCUGGGCGACGAGGCAUCCAUCAAGACCAAGGUGAAGCUGACCAAUGGAAUGUUCUACUCGAUUUCAUUCAGUGCGGCAAGGACUUGUGCACAAGAAGAGAAGUUGAAUAUCUCAGUUUCACCAAAAGAGUGGGGAAUCUUGCCCGUACAAACUGUUUACAGCAGUAAUGGUUGGGAUUCCUACAGUUGGGGAUUCUUAGCAGAUUCCGAUUUGAUUCAGCUCACCAUCCACAACCCGGGAUCCGACAAGGAUCCGGCUUGUGGCCCGCUUAUUGAUUCCGUUGCACUCAAGGCCUUGCCUUCUCCUCCUAGGCAUAAAGGUAACAUGUUGAAAAAUGGGAACUUUGAAUCCGGUCCAUACAUCUUCCCCAAGACAAAUUGGGGUGCCCUAAUCCCUCCCAACAUCGAGGAUGCCCAUUCUCCGCUACCUGGCUGGAUCAUCGAGUCCCUCAAGGCCGUAAAAUACGUCGACUCCGACCACUUUAGUGUCCCCGAAGGGAAACGGGCAAUCGAGCUGGUGGCCGGAAGGGAAAGCGUGAUCGUGCAAAUCGUGAGAACCGUGCCGGGAAAAACCUACGACCUCUCCUUCUUAGUUGGCGAUGCUAAGAAUGGGUGCGAAGGGUCAAUGUUGGUAGAGGCAGCUGCAGGGAAAGAAAAUGUUCAAGUUCCUUACGAAUCCAAGGGAAAUGGUGGGUUCAAACGUGGUACACUUAGGUUUAAGGCAGCGCUGCCUCGAACUAGGGUUAGGUUUUUGAGCUCAUUUUAUCAUAUGAAGAGUGACAGCACGGGUGCCCUAUGUGGUCCGGUCAUUGAUGAUGUGAGGUUGCUUAGUGUUCGUCAUGUUAGAAAAUAAGACAUAUAUCUUAAUUUGUUACUUGUUUGUAUUUUCGAAUUUUCUUUUUAUGUUUUACUAAAUACAUUACAUGUAUAUGGUUUCAAUAAUAUGUACGUUACUCAUGACACUAUUAGAAAAUCGACUUGUUAUGACA